CCCAAACAUUUUUUUUGAAUGAAUGUAGCAGUAUACACAGUAUUUAAUGUAUUAAGUUGCGUUUAGACCACACUUUGAUUCCACAGGUCAAGAUAUUUGUUUACUACGUUUAACAAAAUUAUACUGAAAAGAGAUAAACUGAGUAAUUUGUACAACAGACUAAAGAAGGAAGGGCAUAACUUGUAUUCUUGUCAUCUUGUAGUAUAGCUGUAUUGUACAGUAUUAUCAAAAUGAUUUUCACGAAGUGUUGGAGGAAAAAGGUCGUGGUGGAUCUUUAAGCAACAUCUUACUACUAUUUGCAUCAUAAUAGAAGACCGACUUACAUAUUUUAUCAUCGAAACACAAAUGGAUAGAGAUACCAAACUUCUUUUGUUCUCUGUCUGUGCAAUAGACUUAGAAAAUCGGUCAUUGUAAUGUGCCGUAGUGCAAAUGCUACGAAAUGUCAUUCACACCGAAAUACUUGUCAUAAACACACUUUUCAAAACAGAUUUCACUUAUUAACACAAAUAUAAGUGACAUUUAAAGAGGUACUUGUACAGUUUUCUAAAUCAGACGUGUGUCAAACGUAUGAAAAUACAAGAAACCAUCUAUAUUCUGCAACAUACCUGCCGUGAGAAAACUGAUGUCAGUAGCAGGUUCAAAUAGUUGGAGAGUAAUACCUUGUUUGCACACGAUUUUUCUCCCGUUAAUACAUGGGCGGAACCAGUGAAAAAAAAGUUGUUUUUUAUGCAAGAAUAGAUUCUUCUGUUUGUCAUAACAAAAAUAACUUAACCGAUGACGUAGUAUACCAAUAUUGAUUUCAGCGGAAUUGUUAACGACUGCUCCAUCAACGUCUGAGGUGGCUGAUUACUAAAACAGUAACGAUAUACAACAGUAUGAAGAUUUCCAUCGUUUCUGUUGCCAUUUCUCUUAUUUUGGGACUAAUUGCUGUCAGUGUCCCUGGGGUUGUAACAGCUGCAGAUGAUGCAUACGAGCUGUUUAAUCUACUCGACAGUUCUGACAGUAGAUCACUACUAAAAAAAUAUUUGACCAAAGAUGUGUUCAACCUACUAAUAUCUUACAAAACAAAAUAUGGCGGAUCACUUGCUGAUUGUAUACAAUCAGGAUGUAAGAAUCCAGAGAGUGUAUGCGGAAUUUACGCAUCAGACCCGGAUGCAUACGACACAUUUUCUGACGUGUUCGACCCUAUAAUAAGGGUUUACCACAACAUUGCAGAACUUAAACAGCCUGUUCCGAAUUUUGAUAUCAGUGGUGUUCCUUUCGAGGACCUUGACCCGGAUGGUCAUUACAUUGAAUCUAAUAGAAUCACUGUAAGAAGAAAUCUUGCAAAAUACGGCUUCCCGCCGACGACAACAAAUGAGGAGCGAAAGGCGAUAGAGACAAUGACAGUUAAUGCCCUGAAGGCUCUGAGUGGUGAUCUGAAAGGAACAUACUAUCCCCUACCUAACAUGAGACAAGAACUUUACAAACCGAUGGCAGAGGUGUUUCCAUUAGCACACGACGAUCCGUACAUGCUAUCUGAUAUUCUAAUAUAUUCAUUACCCCUAUUUGUUCAAUUGCAAAACAAAAAUGACUACGAUGUUUAUUUUAGUGAAAAGCGCGAUGCUGACAUUUACAGAGAUUGGCCGACAGGCCGUGGAAUCUUCCUUAACGAUAAAAAGGAUUUCUUAGUCUUUCUAAAUGAAGAGGACCAUCUCAACAUCGUAUCUAUGCAGAUUGGAGGCAACGUGGCUGCAGUCUGGCGAAAACUUAACAAGGGUCUAGUACCACUCGAAAAGUCUUUGAACUUUGUCCACAAUCCAAAGUUAGGUUACCUGACGUACUCACCAACCAAUCUUGGCACUACUCUAAGAAUCAGUGUUCGAAUUCGUAUCCCUGGCUUAUCAAAAUACACGGCCAAAUUCAAUGAGCUGUGUGAAGAGAAUCACCUUCAUCAAGAAGUAAUUGUUGAUGAAGUAUUUGAAAUCUCCAACAAAAGACUUAUGGGCCUUACAGAAGCACAGAUUUAUGAAGAAUUCAUGAUUGGAGUGAAGAGAAUCAUUGCCGUGGAAAAAUUGGUUACCAAGGGCUAAUUAUGUACAAACUUGAGAAAAGUAAAGCGAUGUCAUGAGGUUUUCCAACUCUUUCACUGAAAUAACAUUGAUACAGUAUCUUUUUGCUGUGAUUACAUUUGGAAAAUUAAGACAUUCAAACAUCAUUAAACAUAUAUAUUUCUCAACAAUAAGUUGACAGUGUGAGUGAAACUUAAAGACUUUUUGAAGUCAAACUUUGAAAAAUAUCAAAACAAUUAGACUAAACUGAAGACAUCUCAGCAAUCACCUCGACAUUUGUUAAAAUGUAAUAGUCCAUUUGAUUUUUCUUUUUUCUUUCUUCUAUGUGCAGUACA